GAGCGGGGUUGAUUUUGCAUCUCUCUCUAUCUAUCUGUCUCUCUCUCUCUCUCUCUCUCUGUCUGCGCUCUGUUUUUGCCGCGCGCGCCGGUAAUAACUUUUUGGUCGCGCGACACCAAAUCGCUUUCCUCCGAAGCGCAAUUAGCCGAAUUGUCCGCGCGGUUUUUCCGCGAAAAACGGCUUUCCUCCUCCCCGCGAGCGCGCUCCGUUUUUCUCGAUCCGCGCGCAGCAAUUCGCGUUCACGAAAGUGGACUGGCGGCGGCGGCGGCGGUGGCGGCGGCGACGGCGCUCUUCGUCUAAUUGCGUUUCGGCCGUUGCUCCAGUAUCGCGUGCCCCGCGGCGCGCCGCUAUUAUUGCAUAUAGGCGUGAGAGUGCGCAGAAACGCGACGAUUUCGAAUACUUAUCUUUCGCCUUGAACGAGAUACGGAUCAAUUAGGCGCGCUGGACGAGGGCAGACGAGGAAUUGACAGCCGCUCGCGAUCCUCGCUGCGCCGAGCGGACAUGGCAUCGUAGUCGUCGUCGUCCAUGUCGACGUCGUCGUCGUAGUCGUCGUUACGCAACGACGCUUCGUUAAUAUUGCGAGCGACUCGCCACGAGCGCGGUCGUAUCGGAACGACGACGAUCGGCCUAUCGUCUCUCCUUGUGCGUGCGACCUCGAGCGCAUCGCCCGAGACGAUUUGCCAUGCCGUCGGUGCGGCGGUGUGCAUCUGAUCUCGCGUGCGCGAAAUGCCAAUGAGAGCGUUUUCCUUUUUUUCGGAGCGGUUCGCCGCUACCGCCGCCGCCGCCGCCGCCGCCGCCGUGCACGAUAGGUUUUCACUUUCUAAGCGUCGUGCCGUAAAAAUAAGCGCCGCUCCCGUGCCCCGCUCGCUUGUCCAGAUAUACACGCGCUGCGCGAACGAUUCCGUGACAAUCGCCACAAUGGCAAAAAUCUCGCUCGCUCGAGGAUUCAGCGGUGAGGGCGCAGGAGGUGAACGAGCUUUUGCGGAAUAAUCAAUAAUGGCGCGAAAAUUGAAAAAGAGGCCGCUCCGUCGCGCCAUCGACCAACACAUAACCUCUAGCACGUACAGGCACGCGGGCAGGAAUUGUUUGGAAACAUAAGUAUCGCGGGGGUGUGUGCACAUCGUGGCGUGCAGUGCAACGGUGUGCGAACGUGCAGGGAGCGGAGGCUGGGAAAGAGCGAUCGAGCUCGCGAACAAAGAGGCAGCCUGGCGCGGCAACCGCUCGAGUCGCACAGAGCGAAAGACAUAUCGGGGAUCUGUGCGCGGCGUGCCGACAGUGGUGGGCGUAAUUAUCCUGUAAACGGAGCACGCCGUGCGCAUGGAUAUAUUAUGCAGCCAAGUUGAAAGGAACUGGCUUUAUAGCAUGCACUGACAAUGGAAGGCCUCGCGCCGUGCCCGCCUACGUGUGUUGGUGCGCUCGCGUACGUGUGGCAGCGAGUGAGCGAGCGAGCGAGCGUGGUAAAAAUGAAAUGGGGCAUUGGGUGAAAGUAAAGGUGCUGCUGUGCAGGAGGUAGGGGAGAAACCGUCGCGGCUGAACUGCUCGCCAACUCGCCGAGGUCUUAUAUCAGAUCAGUCUGUGUGUGUUGUUUGUGCGAGCGCGACGUGUACGCAACAUGACGUGUUUUCGCUGUCGCUGCAUCCCAUCCUCUGCAGUCUCCUCUCCUCUCUGAGGGACCAACUGUCAUCGGCGACUGGCUAUUGUUAUCGACCGCACGCGCGCGCGCCUCCGCCUCUGUGUCACUUGUCGCACGCACUUCGGACGGAUACUAUGCCGGUUGUUUAAAGCCCGACCGCCGACUCGAUCUCGCAUUCAUCGCCGCGCAGCACUCGGCACUCGAGCUAACGUUGCUCCUUGGUCUCUGAUAGAACGACAUCCCCGCAGGAGCUCCACACAUACGUCGACAUGAGGAGCCGGUGCUACACGCUGCUGGUGCUGCUGGUCGCUGCCGUCGGCUGGAGCUCUGCCCUAGAGAACGGAGCUGCCAGGACUCCGCCGAUGGGAUGGCUCGCCUGGGAGCGGUUCAGGUGUAACACCGACUGCAAAAACGACCCGGACAACUGCAUCAGUGAUCGGCUCUUCAGAACAAUGGCAGACAUAGUUGUAGCAGAAGGAUAUGCAGCAGUAGGAUAUGAGUAUAUCAAUAUUGAUGACUGUUGGCUUGAGAAGGAGCGAGAUUAUGCUGGGCAACUUGUACCUGAUAGACAACGCUUCCCUUAUGGAAUGAAGAGCUUAGGCAAUUACAUUCAUUCUAAAGGAUUGAAGUUUGGAAUUUAUGAAGACUAUGGUAACUACACUUGUGCUGGAUAUCCGGGUGUUAUUGGACACUUGCAAGAUGAUGCUGCUCUUUUUGCUUCAUGGGAUGUUGAUUAUGUUAAGCUAGAUGGCUGUUAUGCUCAUCCCAGUGAUAUGGAUCAAGGUUACCCUGAAUUUGGUUUCCAUUUAAAUCAAACUGGAAGGCAAAUGAUUUACUCUUGCAGUUGGCCAGUUUAUCAAAUUUAUGCUGGUAUGCAGCCCAACUUUAGUUCAAUCAUCGAGCAUUGUAAUUUAUGGAGAAAUUUUGACGAUAUUCAAGACUCGUGGGCCAGCGUAGAAAGUAUUAUAGACUAUUAUGGUAAUAAUCAAGACUCGAUCGUGCCAAAUGCUGGACCAGGACAUUGGAACGAUCCUGACAUGUUGAUCAUCGGCAAUUUCGGCCUAAGUUACGAACAGAGCAAAGCUCAAAUGGCCAUUUGGGCGAUUUUGGCCGCGCCCCUCCUUAUGUCGGUCGAUCUUAGGACGAUUAGACCAGAGUACAAAACAAUUUUACAGAAUAAGAAAAUUAUCGAUGUAGACCAAGAUCCUCUUGGAAUCCAAGGUCGGCGAAUUUACAAACAAAAGGGCAUUGAAAUUUGGGCACGACCCAUUACUCCAGUUUACCAAAACUAUUACUCGUACGCCAUUGCGUUCCUCAACAGGAGAACAGAUGGUACACCUUCUGAUGUAUCAGUCACUUUGAAGGAACUUGGUCUGCAAUACCCACUUGGAUAUAGAGUAGAAGACUUGUACGAAGAUGUCGAUUACGGUGUAUUAACACCCCAAACUAAGAUUAAGGUCAAAGUAAACCCAUCAGGAGUUGUUAUUCUGAGAUGUGAUCUACAAGCCGACGAUGUCUACGCUUCCAAUCACUAUUCGCAGUACUCGCCAUUAGAUCAAGUUUUCAAAGUCAGACAUAACUCGUUCAAGUGAUUAUUGUAGAUUAAUUUUAAGAAAUUAAGAUUUUUUAUAAUGAAGCGCUUAUUUCUGAGCGUGACCGUAAUUUGUUAAGGCUGUAAAAUACAAACUAUCUGAAACAAAAAGAAAAUGAUGAUUAAUAAAUUUUUUAA